GUCAGGCUGCAAACCCAGCCUAAGCCGCAGCCUGGUCAGCCUCCGCUCUAUUCUGGGACCUUUGACUGCUUCAGAAAGACUCUUGUUGGAGAGGGAGUCCGAGGCUUAUACAGAGGAAUGGCAGCUCCUAUUGUUGGAGUGACACCCAUGUUUGCUGUGUGCUUCUUUGGAUUUGGCUUGGGAAAAAGACUCCAACAGAGAAAACCUGAUGACGUUUUGACGUAUCCUCAGCUGUUUGCUGCUGGCAUGUUGUCUGGAGUGUUCACAACAGUAAUCAUGGCUCCAGGAGAGAGAAUCAAGUGCCUUUUACAGAUCCAGGCAGCUACAGGUGAAACUAAAUACAAUGGCCCUUUGGACUGUGCAAAACAGCUGUACCGUGAGGCUGGGAUUCGUGGCGUGUACAAAGGGACAGUGCUCACCCUCAUGAGAGACGUCCCAGCCAGCGGAAUGUACUUCAUGACGUACGAAUGGCUGAAGAACAUUCUGACCCCUGAGGGAAGGAGUGUGAGUGACCUCAGUGUGCCUAGGAUCCUCUUUGCUGGGGGCCUGGCUGGCAUCUUCAACUGGGCAGUUGCCAUUCCACCAGACGUGCUGAAAUCCCGUUUCCAGACUGCUCCUCUAGGAAAAUACCCAAAUGGCUUUAGAGAUGUGCUGAGAGAACUUAUCAGAGAGGAAGGAGUUGCGUCUCUGUAUAAGGGCUUCACAGCUGUAAUGAUCAGGGCAUUUCCCGCUAACGCGGCAUGUUUUCUUGGUUUUGAAGUUGCUAUGAAGUUUCUUAACUGGAUUGCACCAGGUCUAUGAAGACUAGGAAGUCUUUGGAAAUUAGAGAGGAGAAGGAAGAGAGCGCAAGUCUGCCUCAAAGGAAUAAAUGAAUGAUCACUUGAAGUUUCAGGAAUGAUUGCUUGCCUAAUACCUUUUUGCCUUCCUCACAUUCUUUAGGUGGUGCUAUGUGCCAUUCAGAAAUGUAAGGCGUAGCUCUGAAACAGAGUUGAUGAAGAGUUAGAGGUGAUACACCUGUCUUCUGAGCCAAUGUACCACAGCAGUAAUGCUGCUAACAGACAGCUGUCACUAUUACACACACUACCUUAAGUACUUCCUCAUGGAAGAAGGAGACACUUCUUAAAAUGUAAUUCUUUGUUUACUGAAGAAACAUGUAACUAUUAAUGCUGAAAAAUUUCCUUGAAAUAAUUGUUUGGCAGUGUGUACUUAACUCUCAGGGCAUAAGUUAGCAGCUGCAUGUACUAAUAUCUACAAGCAAUGUCAGCAUUCUCAUCUCUUGUAGUUUUUUAGUUGUGGCUCUUUCUGUGUUGACAGUGGUUUUAAUCUUAUAUGCGUGUAAUGCAGCAAACACAGAACUAGACAGGGGAGGCCAGAACUACG